UCUGUGUACUCUGCAUUUAGAGAUCAGCUCUUUUCUAACCACCUGCUAAAAUGAUGGAAGAAGUGUCUAUUACUGUUGCCUAUGAUGCCCAUAUUAUUGAUCAAAUGACAGAGGAGGAAAUCUUGGCCAGGCUGGUGGCGGAGUCCUUACCAAAACAAGGGGUGCCUUCUAAAAAGCUAAAAUUAAAAGAUAACCAAGUACAGUCAGAAGACCCACUUGACAAGUGCCAGAGAGAAAACCGUAAGCUUCAGGAUGCCAGUUUGCGUCUGGAGCAGGAGAAUGAUGACCUUGCACAAAAACUUGUUAGCAGCAAGAUUGCACUGAGGACUGCCUUAGACCAGACUGAGGACAAGGUGGAUGAAUUAACCAAGGAGCUUUUAAAAACCAAACAUCUUCUGACAAUGACAGAGGAACAGAAAAAGGGAAAAGAGGAGGAAGCUUCACAGCUGAAGGAGAUGUUUAGGAGAGAAUUGGACAAAGCAGAAUCCGAAAUAAAAAGAUCAAACAACAUAAUCACUGAUUACAAGCAGAUUUGCUCUCAAUUAAACACUAAGCUUGAAAAGCAAAAAGCUCAAACGGACAAGGAACUAGCUGUUAUCAAGACCAAGAUGCUUGAGUGUUCACAGUGCAGCCAGAUCUUCAGUAGGGAUGGAUCAAUUCAGCUGAUCACUGAGAGUGAAGAGAGCUCAGCUCAGGAUGAGGUGAAAUCCUCUCUCAAAGAGCAGGUCCAAGAAUUAGAGAGGGAUUUAGCUCAGACCAAGCUACGAAUGGUGGAAUCUAAAUGCAAGAUCCAGGAGUUGGAGCACCAGAACGCGGUUCUAACGAGUGAACUUCAGGCUGCCAAGAACACAUGGCUCAGCAAGACUCUGGGCUCCUUCAGGACAACUACCAGCAACAAUCAGAACUCAUCUCAAGCAGACUCUGCCUGGAGCUUCACACAUAACCCCCACUCCAGCUGGGUCACCAGAAGGCUCUCCUGGGCCCCACGAGAAGGGAGAGCUGCCAAAGUAUGAAGAAGGAAUGCUUACCAUUGGAGAAGAAAAUUAUUUAAUGAGAGCACUCCUGAAAUGGGUCUCACAAAUGAUGAGAUGACUAUUUUAUCAGAACAGAGGACAAUGCACAUCCCUUAUCCCUAUUCAUGUAAAAAUUGGGAAUGAACCAUUCUCAAAUGAUGGGUGACACAGCUUAACAGCAAGAAGCAUUAUCUGCACCUCUAGGCAAAGGAGAGCAACUGAGGCAGUCGCAAAUGGAGACAAUUUAAACUUUUACUAUGAAUUUAAGUAAAAUUAAAUGUAUUACAAAACUCAUUGUAAUACAUUCUGACUAUACAGUAUUCCUUUAUUUUCCAGAACAAAUAUAAUAAAGUAAAAUCAUUAAAUGGAAUGACUCCACAAUUUCACAUUUCUUACAACAAGAACUUUAUUUUAUUUCACUCAAGCAGAGAA